CUCCCGCUCUUAUGUGGUGUGGCUGAGAGUCAAGCCAAGGAUGUUGGAAGACACAAAGAGGGAAGUGCCGACAUGCCGGCGGACGCUUCGACCAACGUCAUGUUUUUUGCCGGAUAAAUUCUACCUGCUAAUGAAGAACACGUCGGUCAUUCACUAUCACAGGUGCCUCGUGGACUCAAAAUGAAACGACCGUAGCGGAAUUUUUUUAUGUCAACGUAUCGUCACAUCAUGGACAGCGUGGAACUCGAUUAAACGAACAUUGUCAGGAUGCCAUCUCACGAGGUGGAAGAGCCGCCGCCGAAUGGAAAGCAGUCUGACAGUCGCCUAAAGAGCAAGAAACCACCCUCCCUUGUCAUAGCAAUACCUAAACCUGAAGAGAUAAUGUCUCAUGACCCCACUAAACAGCCCCUUCGACCGUCUGUGAAGAAGAAUAUGAGUGGCCAAGGAACCAAUUCUGUGUCGGAGAGCAUCAGCGGAGGCGCAGGUGGAGGCUUGUCAGCCUCUGAGAGAAGAGAAAGGUUUGGAAGACAGACCUCACUCUCACAAAGUAUUCGCAAGAAUACAGCCCAGUGGUUUGGGGUAGGAGAAGACUGUGAGACCAAGCAACAGGUUUGGCAGAGGAAGAGCCUGCGCCACUGCAGCCAACGGUAUGGCAAGCUCAAGCCACAAUUCAGAGAGCCCGACACAGCCACAAGCAUCGAGCAGACCCUGGAAUCACCAGCCCCAUCCAAGAUGCCUAAGAUUGUGGACCCCCUGGCACGAGGACGAGCGUUCCGUUACCCAGAAGACAUAGACAUUCGCUCCCCCAAGGUUCCCGUCACACCUGGGGUCACCUCACUCAGCUCCUUUACUAGCCAGCGCUCCGGGUACAGUCGCUUCCCCAAACGUAAAAGGGAGUCCGUCGCUCGCAUGAGCAUCCGUGCUGCAAAUAACCUGCUGAGGGGCCGAAGCAGCUUAGUGGGUUCUCUUACAGGUCGCAGCUUUCCUAGGAGGAGCUUUAUCAGGCCCAGCUGGCUGGACGAUGAAACUGUGGACUCGGCAGACAUGUCUGAGUCACUCUUUUUUAGCAAGGUCGAUGUCCACGAUGAGUUGUACUCUAUGACUGAUGACGUAUUUGAGUCUCCACCAAUUUCUGCUGCUUUUGCCCCAAGUGAGCAACCAGACCAGAAAUUCUCAAGCCUUAAGGAUGUAUCUCGGACACCCCGCACACCAACAGCAAUGCAGGAGAAAAGUCAUCCUCGACGUGGCCGUCGCAUCGCUUCCCAAGUUAAGCACUUUGCUUUUGACAACAAAAAGCGUCACUAUGGAAUGGGUGUCGUGGGCAAGUGGCUCAACCGGCACUACCGACGCAGCAUCAGCAGUACCAUCCAAAAGCAGCUGGAUGACUUCCACAGCCAUAGGCCUUACUUUACCUACUGGAUCACCUUUGUCCAUGUUGUAAUCACGUUGCUGUCCUGUUGUACUUAUGGUUUUGCCCCUGUGGGGUUUGCACAGCAUUCUAAAACCGACCUUGUGCUGAAGAACAAAGGCAUCUAUGAAAGUGUCAAGUACAUCCAACAGCAGAACUUUUGGAUAGGUCCAAGAUCUGACGACCUGAUUCAUUUAGGAGCCAAGUUCUCUCCAUGUAUCCGUCAGGACAGACAAAUAGUCCUUUUUAUCCAGAAGGCCAAAGAUCUGGAGAAAGAGUCUGGAUGUUGUGUUCAAAAUGACAACUCUGGAUGUGUGCAGACUCUCAACUCUGACUGCUCUGAGACACUUGCCACCUUUAUCAAAUGGAACAAUGAGCUUGUGGACAUUAGCAGAUCCUCUGGCUCUGUCUGCCACCAGGAUCCCAGAGUAUGUGAAGAGCCUGCAUCUGCAGAGCCUCACACAUGGCCAGAUGACAUCACCCAGUGGCCGGUGUGUACAUAUCCCAAAAAGUGGAACCAUACUGGCUACAGACACAUGGACUGUAACAUCAAGGGGCGACCUUGCUGCAUAGGAACGAAGGGCAGGUGUGAGAUUACAACCAGGGAGUAUUGCACUUUCAUGCAUGGCUACUUCCAUGAGGAUGCCACACUGUGCUCACAGGUCCAUUGUCUGGAUGAUGUUUGUGGCUUGCUUCCUUUCCUGAACCCUGAUGUACCUGAUCAGUUCUACCGUUUCUGGUUGUCCCUUUUCCUCCAUGCUGGGUUACUACACUGCGUGGUGUCAGUAGUCUUUCAGAUGACCAUAUUGAGAGACCUGGAGAAGCUGGCUGGUUGGGUGCGCAUCUCCAUCAUUUACAUCUUUAGUGGUAUCACUGGAAACCUUGCCUCUGCCCUCUUCCUGCCCUACAGAGCUGAGGUGGGUCCAGCAGGAUCUCAGUUCGGCCUUCUGGCGUGCCUGUUUGUUGAGCUCUUUCAAGGUUGGCAGAUGUUGGAGAAACCAUGGAAAGCUUUUUUAAAACUCUUGGGCAUUGUUUUUUUCCUCUUCUUGUGUGGCCUUUUGCCCUGGAUUGACAACAUAGCCCACAUUUUUGGCUUCCUCAGUGGCAUGCUGCUGUCUUUUGCCUUUUUGCCCUACGUCACAUUUGGAACGUUUGACAAGUACCGCAAACGCGUCCUCAUUGUCGUUUCACUGUUGGCCUACAUUGGCCUGUUCUCUUCACUCAUUGUUUGGUUUUAUAUUUAUCACAUUAACUGGCACUGGCUGGAGCAUCUCACGUGCCUGCCCUUCACGAGCAAAUUCUGUGAAAAGUACGACAUUGAUCACGAUAUUAAUCAUGUGGUGCACUAGCCAUGAGCUUGCUGAUGGCCUCUGUGACCAAGCUAACCGGUGAUGAUCCAGGUUUUCUAAGUGUCCUUCAAAUCUUUGGCAAUCGUGACUUGUUAUGGUUGGUUUAUUAUCAAAGGUACCCAGCAGAGUCUGAUGAUUCACACACUUCCAUAAAAGUUUGGAUCCACCACUAUUUACUUGCUGCUGAUCCAUUGGCUCUUGCGAUCCUGCGGACUCAGGACCUCAACGCAAAAAGCUGGAUGAAACCAAAGAAGCUUCACAGGUUUUGUUCAGCAUGUAAUGGGGUUUAUAAGAAGAGCCGGUCCAGCAGAAACAGGGGCCACCAUAAUCAGGCGAGGUGAACUGGAUGCCUCGCAUAACAAAGUGACAUUGGGUCAAACACUGGACAAAUCUGCUGUUUUAAUGGGUUUCUUACAAUAUGUUUCUCAUUGGAUAGGUCCCUUUGGCAUGCCAAUAGUCUUGGAAAAAUGACAUUGCUUAGGUUAACACAAGUAAAUGCCUUGAAAGUGAAACGAUGGUGGACUGAGGUAAAUGUGCUAAACCCCUUGUUGCCUUACAUUCGCUGCCAUUUUAUUCACCUGCAGUUUGUUAUGAAAGGUUAGCAUCAAUGUCAUAUAUAUAUUUACACAUACACACACUAACACACAUAUACAUACAAGCUACCAAAAUAGGACGAUUACAGUUGUUAUUUCUGUAAAUCCAGCCCCGAACAGUCCCAAAUGGCAAUGUGUCAGUUUUGGUGAUACAGUUGGCCUCGUUUUUGCUAUUCCGCCUAAAAAUCCUCUGUUUAUUGUGAGCGGUACUCUUACAUGAGUCUGAGCACAGCCAUCAGGGAAACUGCUGUGAGCGAUCGUGCUGCGGGACAAGUGGGCUCAAGUGAGUUCUGAGAUUUAUCAGUUGACUUGCAGCUCAUUUCACAUCACAACAAAUCAUGAGAUAUAUACACAUGUAAUAACUUAUUGAACAUGUUUUUUUGUAUUCCUCUGAACACAGUUUUAACCUGUUUUAACAGCAACUAACACAACUCCUUUUCAAAAGCCCUUUGUGUAUUAAGGUGGCUGACAAUCAUUUUAGCCUCUGCAAUGUGCUUUUUUUAAAAACUUGAAAUCAUGUGAAUGUUUUUACUGAAACCCUGAAAACUGUCAUGACUUCAUAGCAGCGAAACACUGGGACCAAAUGACUUCUUAGGUGAGAAACAAAAGGCAACAAGAACAUUUUGUCAUCAAAACUCUACUUUUUCUUUAAAUUGAUUUGAAAAUCAAUAAAUGUUAAUGCAAUCAUUUUAAAAAUAAAUGACACUUUUGAUAA